AUGUGCAAUGAAGGAAUCAAUCGAGGUGAUGAUUUAUCAGUGUUAACGAAGAACUAUGAGGAAAUGGUUGAAGCCUUUAAAUGCCUAGAGUAUCAAAAUGAUGAACUGAUACAAUUUAUAUAUGAAAACGAGGAUAAGCUAGCCUAUAGUAGUUUAGAAGAAGAAGCCCAGCAAUAUAUUUUAGAUAGUGAAAGAUUAAAAUGUGAAGUAAGUGCAAAAAUAUUCAAAGGUGUCCAGGAUGUAAAGGCAACAGAUAAAUCGAAGGUUAAAGUAAAGAAAUUUGAACCACCAAUGUUCGAAGGUAAUUUAAGGGACUAUCCAACUUUUAAGGAAGAUUAUGAGAAUUUAGUAAAGAGUAUAUACGGUACUGAUCCAUAUGCUCUCAAAAUGUGUCUAGGUGGAGAAGCACUUCAAGCAGUGAAGGGCUCAGAGGGUAAUUAUGAUGAAAUGAUUCAACGUUUGGAUGAUAAAUUUGGGAAUUCAAGAAAGAUUCUAGACUUAGUGGUUGGUGAGCUUAGAUCUCUGAAGAAAAUUUAUGAUGAUGAUACCAAAGGAUUUAUUAAAAUGGUCGAUCAGGUUGAGCAAUGUUGGCUUGAUUUAAAAAAGGUAAAUCUCUCUGAUGAACUUAAUAGUGCAAACGUUGUCAGCCAUAUAGAAAAGGUUUUACCUUCACUUCAAAAGAGAGAAUGGGUAAUUAAAGCAGAUGAGGUAUCAGUAACUACAAUCUGUUCCUGA